UCGCCGUGCAGCCUGUCGCUCUUCUUCUUAUUUCUGCAAUCGCUUCCCCCCCAAUCCCCCCCAAUCCAAUCGCGGCCUCUUUUGCCGACCGUUUGGAAAUAGUCGAUCGCCAUCAUGCGCCUGUUCAGCGCCCCUCCGGCCAUGCUCGCCCUGGUCGCAUUCGCAUAUCUGCCCGCCGCCCUCGCAACGCCAUAUCCGCCCGCCCAUUUCGACGACCUGGAGAAUUACCACAAUUCGUCGCAGCAGAUUGAGAAGCGCGCCUGCGACGGCGUUCCCUGUGGCUAUGGCGGCUGGCUUUGCUGUCCUUCGGGCUCGACGUGCUACACCGAUUCGCAGAACCAGGCGCAAUGCGCUUCUGGCGGCGGUGCCUCGCAGGGAUCCGGAGGAUACUGGCAAUACCGCACGACAACCUACGUUGAGACGGUCGGACUCCUGACCAAGACCCAAGUCUACAGCACCUAUGUCCCCGCCACGGCCACGCAGACUUGCAAAGACUCGCAAAACCCAUGCGGCUCCGUCUGCUGCGACUCUGGCUUCUACUGCCUCACGGCAGGCCAAUGUGCUCUGAUUGCCGGCGGAAGCUCUGGAGUCACCUACACGGGCACCCCGACCCAAACAGUGCCCUUUGAAACUCCAAUUCCUACUGGCGCCGCCGGCAGCACCCUGGUCCCCACCGAGGAGAACAACAGCGGUCUCAGCGGAGGCGCCAUUGCCGGCAUUGUCAUUGGUGUUAUCCUGGGAGUCCUGCUUCUUCUGCUGCUCUGCCUCUUCUGCUGCGCCCGUGCUCUUUUCGACACCCUUCUCGCCAUCUUCGGCAUUGGCAAGAAGCGCAAGCACAGCCACGAGGAAACCUACAUCGAGGAGCACCACCACGGCGGAGGUGCUGCCGGCGGACGCUGGUACGGCGCGGGUCGCCCUGCCCGUCCGUCGCGCGCGGGCUCAGAGAAGCACAGCGGUGCAAAGAAGGGUCUCGGCCUUGCCGCUGGCUUGGGCGGUCUCGCGCUUGCACUGGGCCUGAAGAGACAUCAAGACCACAAAGUAGAUGAUAAGAGCACUACUGUUAGUGGAACGUCCUACAUGUACAGUGACUACACGAGCACAAGCAGUGCAAGCUCGUCAGAUCGCCACACGCGCCGCACACGGCACUCGUCGAGACGAUAGUCUGGCUAUUUUGUUGAGACCCUCAUCUCGCACAGACUGUUCAACAAGAACAUUCCAAUUGUACAAAGAUUUAUGUUUUUCUUUUCCUUCUUACCGUCUAGUUGGCCACUAGACAUACUUUUAUCAGCAUGUUGGCGGCUUCUCUUGAAAAAAAAGGGGGUGAGCUCACCGGGCUUGCCUAGAGAGAGAGCUCCCAAGGUCGUUUGCUUCCAGGAGUAUAGGCGUUUCAGCGUGCGAGCCUACUAUGCCGCCAUAGCGAUGUGUAUUUUUCUUUUCUUUUCAUGUUCCUUUUACGCCACGGUGCACGGACGAGAUUGACGCUGUACCGCUUAAUGAAGUAUGCGCAUGCUUUGAGAUGCUUAGGAUACGAAAUCACGCACAUGGAGAUGUAUGUACAUGGAUGGAACGAAGUCAAGAGGCCCAAGAGGCGUAAAUAUGAAAGCAAAUUUU